AUGUCGAUAAACUUGGAUGAGCCCAAAUAUGACCAGAAGACGUACUGGGGUCGUGCCAAGCAUUUUAUACUUCUCACCAACCCAUUAAACGCGUUUGCGUCAGAAAAGUCACUCAAUGAAGCGAAGAGAGUCGUGAAUGAGUACAGGAGAACAAGGUCAAUGCCAGCGGGAUAUAAUGAAGAGAAACUAUGGGCUGCUAAAUAUUUGUACGACAGCGCAUUCCACCCUGACACAGGCGAAAAGAUGAUCAGAAUCGGCCGUAUGUCCGCACAGGCGCCUAUGAACACACUCAUCACAGGAUGUAUGAUAACUUUCUACAAGACAAGGCCAGCUAUUAUAUUCUGGCAGUGGGCCAAUCAGACGUUUAACGCCUUGGUCAACUACACCAACCGAUCUGGUGAUGCAGUUUUAAGUCCUGCGCAAUUGCUGGCGUCUUACUGCGCAGCCUGCAGCGGUGCGCUCACCACUGCAUUGUACCUCAACAGUAAAGUUAAGGGCAUGAACCCUCUCUACGCGCGGUUGGUGCCCUUCGCAGCUGUGUGCGGUGCUAACUUCAUCAAUAUCCCCAUGAUGAGGAGCAAUGAAAUAAUGAACGGUACGCCGGUAUUCACCCCGGACGGUCAAAGGGUUGGAGACUCGAAGGUCGCGGCGGUGACUGGCAUCCUUCUAGUCUGCGUAUCUAGAGUGGGCAUGGCACUACCUGGAAUGACCCUGGUGCCCAUAUUAUCACAGAUGGCAAUCAAGAAGAAAUUGUUCAGCGCGAGUUCGAUGGCCAUCAUUCCCUUCCAGCUGUCCCUGGUGUGUCUUUGUGUCACGUUUGCCACGCCUCUCGGCUGCGCCUUCUUCGAACAGAAAGCUAACAUCAGUAUCCACUCUAUUGAGGCACCCUUAAAGGCAAAAGCUUUACAACUAUCUCCAAAGACGGACACAGUGUUUUACAACAAGGGUUUGUAA